AAUAAAAGAGUAAGUAAAGCAAAAGAAAGAGAGUUGAAGAGAAAUGGGAAACCCUAGAAGAAGCUCAAAUGAAAUUAGUAACAACCCAUUUCAUCAACCCCAAACCAUAUCAAUUCUACAUUUUUUGAAAAAACCUCAUGCAAUUCCCAUACUGCUUUCAAUCUUCAUCUUCCUCACUUGCCUCUCUCUCACACUUCACCAUCAUUCUUCUUCUUUCAAUGUUCAUGCAACCACACAGCACCCCAACCAAAAUAAUGAUAAAUUGGCCAAUUUAAUCAGAUUCAGCUCAAAUUCUGCUUCUCCUAUUAGCAAAGACAACCGUGGUUGGCUGCUUAAUCCGCUCUCUCUUGCUCUGCACUCCGGCAUUACAGGUGGACCGGUUUCUUGUGCUUCAAUUCAUGUUGGUGAGAUUAAACCUGGCACUUUUAGGGGAAACCAUCGACACUAUUCUUGCAAUGAGACUUUUGUUAUUUGGGGUGCCAAAACUUUGUUCAGGGUGGAGAACAGCCAGAUUGUUGAUAAAGGCUAUGCUGAAGUGACAAUUGGUGCUGAUGAAGUCGCUGUUGCAGCUAGUCCGAGAGGAACUGCUCAUCUUCUGGUAAAUGUAGAUCCCUUCCUUACCACAUUUUUCAUUGGGUGCCAAGACAGUUUGAUAAUAUAUAAUGACUCGACUACUGAUUUCAAUGUUUGGAAAGAUUUUUAAGUCAUUUUUACACAUCUUUGCGCUUACUCAACAUGCUGUGAUGCAAAAUGUUUGUUCAUCCCUCCACCAUGUCAUACCGAUGAUAGAGUUUGAGCUCUAUCUGUUGCAUAUAGAAGAUUUUGUUAUGCUCUGUUGAUUUUUAAAUUGCACACUCUGUAGCUUUAUAUUUUUAUGUAUAUAAUGAUCUUUCGUCGUCUCUUAUAAUUUUAUUGCAAGACACGUUACAAAGUCUUAGAGAUGUACCUUUUUUCAAGCACUUUUACACACUGGAAGUGAGUGCCAUUAUAAUUAAGUCGUGUUCUUUUUUGGCGAUAUGGAAUGCUAACUCCGCCAUAUUAUUGUGCCCCCUUUGCGUCGAAGGUUUAAUGUAAAACAAAAGGUAUGUGUUCCUGAGUAGGUUCUUUAGUCACUUUGUUAUGAUACAAUCAAUCUUCAUAAGCUGAAUCUUGACUGUGAUGAUCCUCUCUUUAUUUCGUAUUGAAAAUGAUCGAGUAUAGUUGGUUGGAUAAAAAAUGAAUUCAUACAGCUGAUCCCAAUUAAUUUGGAAUUAAAUAUUAAUUGAGCUGAGUUGUAAUGCUACUUUAUUUCAAUUAGAUAGCUACCUACAAUGAUUUGCAAGUA